AUGAAGUUAAUUUUCGCAAUUCUUCUAACUUUGCUGACAAUCUCACAAUGUCAAGCACAGCAAGAACCCAGCAAAAUGUCAUUAAAUCAAGCUUACCAAAAAAUUGAAAAGGAAUCAACAAAAAGUUCUGGAUUUAAUCCAAAGCUUGAAAAAUUCCUCAAAAAUCUCAAUUUAAACUGCAUCAAGGAGAAGCUCAAACUAUCAGAAAAUGGCGAUAAGCAACUUAAAGACAUCGAAAUUAUGAUUUUGGUGACGAAAUCAAUCACAGCAUGUUCAGGACAUGAUGCUAGUGAGUUUUGGAAAGCCUUUAUUGAGGAUAAUAUGCCAAAAGGGAAUUUCAAGAUGAGCGCUAAAGACUUGCAGUGUGUGAAGCUUAAUUACAAGCACAACAAUCCAGAAUCAAGGCUGGUCAGUGACUUUGAUGUGAACUCAUUGACCGAAGCUCAAAUUCAAGCAUGUGAUGAAGAAAUUAAGGAAAAGGAUUCACAUCUUGAAGAUGGAAUUGCAAGAACAAUCGACGGAAGUGAUCUGAAAAUAAUUACAUGUGGAGUGCUGGAUGUGCCGAAGGUCAAGAACAUUCUAUACAAAAUGUCAAUAUUAGCUAAUGUUAAUAACAGUGUCUUGGUUAAUUCUGAAGUGGAGAAGCUGCCUGAAAUGUUUGUUCAGCUAGUUGAUAAGAUUUUCGACUGUAUCAUAGCUAGGCUGGAUGCAAUGCCUUGA